AUGGCCAACCAUCCUCCCGCGCUUGCCUACGCCCGCUCUCACGGCCUCCGAAUUCCACCAGUCCCCGGCAUGUCCGACUACGAACGCAUUCAUGGGGUGCCAGAUCCUCGCCCCGCCCGGAACCUCACCACGUAUAUUGCGCGCACGCCGCCCAGCCCUGGAUUUGACGCCUAUCUCAAUCGGCAGCAGAAUGAAGAUGGUGACAACGACGGUGGCCUUCCUGACUGCAGCAAUGUCCAAGGCCCCAUUGGAGCUUGCCCGCGCGACGGGGACCCAAGCAGUGACGAUUCCUUCAACAGCCUCUUCCAUAGCGAUGGCAGCAAUGACAAGUUCCGCAGCUCCCCGCCGAGACAGGACACCCCUCAGGAAGGCUGUACGUCGGAUAGCUUUGUCGAGGCGUACCAUGAUUCCGCUGACACGCAGAUGGCGGUAACGUACGACAGCGGGGAUUGGAUCUUCGGAUCUGAGGAACUGGAGACCCAUGUCCUAGGCGGCAAGAACAAUGUCACCGAGUGCGAGGAGGGUGUAUCGCGCGCUGUCGGCAAGCACGGUAUCUAUGGCUACGGCGACGACUUCAUGCUUGCCCAAGAGGAGAUCGAUGAGGACAUCCGCAAGCUCGAAGAGAAGGUCAAGACGCUGGAGAAGGAGAACGAGCAACUGAAAGAAGAAAACAAGUAUCUUGCGGAAGACAACGUACGGCUUCGCAAAAUAGAGAAGAACCACCUGCAAGAGUGCGUACGGUCCAGCGAAGAAAUCAGUUUUCAUAAGAGAGAGAGCGCACGCUUUCGCAAGGAAAUUAGCACGAUCCUCGUUAAUCUGAACGCUUCUAGGGAGCGGCAGGACGUCAAGUACCGCCAGUCGUCGCUUCAGACAAAGGUUCAGGACACCCAGGUCAAGACUCCGAGGCGUUCAUCUAGCGUCCUCCUCGAUACCUUGCCAGUACGCCCGGCCUCUGAUGAUCGGAAGCGGAAACCUAAGUCGCCUGUAACGGCCGAAGUCGAGACGCCUGCGAGACGCGCCGCGAAGAAAAAGCGCACACUAUAGGAUACCGCUUUCGAGUGUACUUGGCUAUGCAUGGGCUGUGCGAUGAAUCAUGGAUACUGGCGUUUGUAAGAGCAUAUCCUAGGCUUUUGUAUAUUGGUGUUCGGGAGGCCUGUGAGUAGUCACGAGCAUCUAUGUACUGGCGAUCGGGAGGGUGCAAAGGUCGAAGCCAUUGGGUUCGCUCAUCGGUAACUGUUUUGUUUUUGCUUCUGUGUCAUGUUCUCUGAAAUUUCCUGCAAUUGCAGAUGAGAGACGAGGGUUUUCACUAAGAAUGUUGAGUUCGAUGUAUUCGACAUCCGUUAGGAUGCGGAAGCACUUCCUGUCAACACCCGUGUUUCAUACAAUGGAAGUUUCAUCACCCCAAAAGUUAGAUUCCUCUCAAACGCUCCAUUGAUACACC